CAGAAACCGUGAGGAAGUAAAAUCGUUUAAUUGGAUUUCCGCCCACCUUGAAUCUUUCGGAUACAAUCAACAACCGCCCGAGUGGCCCCCUUACAGCUAAAAAAAAGCUGAGAUUAGCAGCUCACUGAAAAUCACACGCAGCCGGCAAAAAGUAUCUGAGAAAUUCUGCAAACGGAAAAGUGCUGAGAAUCUUCUGCAAAUGUAUCUUCUUACUGAAAAUAAAUAAGAGCGUUGAAAAACAAACUAAUUCGGAUAGCUGACUAAUAUUGGUGAAGAAAUUCAGAAAACAAUCCAAGUCAGCUGUAUAAGUAUUAAUCAAGAGUAAAAUAUAUUCCAAAAAUUACUCAGGAAGAACCAAGAAAACAUAGAUACAAAUCACUAUGAGCUUUGAAGUGGAUACCGUGACUUUUUGCAAGCAAUUGGAGGGAAGUGACAGGCGCGAGAAAACUAAAGCUCUCAAGGAACUAAGUGAUAUGUGUAAAAAUGCAGUCGGAAACGUGAGCACUGAGCAAAUAGCCAACCUUUUUGACCAACUGUACCUGCAUCUACUGAAGUCCUACGAUGAUCGCUUUGAAAGUGUACGGGAGCACGCAAUUCAGGCGGUAAAUGCUUUCCUAGAUCGCCUACCACCCAUGGAUUUCCACCUUCUAAAUGUCCUUUCCACUUUGGCGGAGCGAAUGGGAAAAGCCGAAACCGUGGAACCCAGCGAGGAAAUUCGCCUACUUUACGUCGAACAGCUUAACUUGAUGAUCUGUCAAUAUGGAAAGAUGGGAAGUGUGGGGGCCUUCAACGAUUGUUAUCCCCUUGUGGUUAGAAUCCUUGUAAAGGCGAUCAAGGAUGACUACCCGGUGGUGCAGCGCGCAGGAUGCACUACGGUGGUGAAUCUCGCCAAAGUGGCUGAUGGCCAGGAAUUUCGAGGAUACACAGAACAACUUCUGGUACCGCUUUAUGGAAUGUUGAACCACAAACACGCUCAAGCGAGAAUUGCAGCUGUUGAAGCCAUCGGAAGACUGAGUCUCCACAUGGAUGCCAGUGGUGAGGCAAUGAGAAGACUAUUCAAUGAGGUCUCUCCUCUUCUUAUGGACACAAUGCCCUUGGUUCGUCGUGAAGUUGGACAAAUGGGUAUUCUGAUGUUAAUGGAACUAUUGGAUCGUUAUUCCUUCUUUGAGAGAAUCCUGCCGCUGGUUUUGUGCUGCCUGAAGGAUGAUUCACCUGAGGUUCUGAACCACAUCUAUCCCCAGUGGUUAAAAUGCGGCGAACAGUAUUUCAAGGAGAACGAAGCCGAGUUGAGCCAACAGGAGAUCAGCGAUCUGCCGGUGGAGAAUUACCCUAAAGAUAUCAAGCGUCCAACUAUAGGUUGCCGUGCCUUGGUGCAACGUUCGCUGAGAUUAUUAUCACUUAUCACCCGGGAAACCAGCGAUUGGAAAGACAAUGUACGUCUGCACUCCUUGAAGCUCCUCUAUCAAUUUGUUUUGCAUGCCGAAGCAGCGAUGACAGCCAAGUUCUUUGAAAUCUAUGGCGACUUGGCUCGUGCCUGCAUUGAUCCCGUAGCAGAAGUUAAUGCUGAAGCUGCCAAGGUGGCCGAUUUGAUGGGUCGCUUAUUGUCCUACGAUGCCUGGAUUGAUCAUGGUUUCGAUGGCCUGGAACGCAAUGCUCGGGAGUCGUACUUGAAAUGCUUCUACCACAUGUUCCAUUCCUCUUUGGGUGGCACCUACGAUCACUUGAUGAACUUGGCCAAGCUCCUUCGCGAUACGGAAUUUUCGCACACACUGAAAACUGGUUUCCAACUGCACAUACUUAAACUUCUAAAUACCAUUAUGGAUAAAUCGCUGAAGGUUAAUGCUGGAGAUGAUGAACUGCGUGAUCUCUGCGAAGCUGUUUAUGUGAGUGGCGUUAAAGUAAUGGCCCUAAACAGUUCCCUCUUUGGCAACACAUUUAAAUCUCUGUCCGAAUGCCCAAUCGAAGGUAAAAGCGGCUGUGAAUAUGAACAUGCUAACGAGGAACGAAAGUUAUUAGAAAAAAUUUCGAAAAACCAGGAAAUUCCAGUCGAAAAACUUCACGAACGUUGGUUGCAUUUGGCUUUGAAGGAUGUGGAUAAUCUGGAUGCCGCUUUGGAGGAUUCUGCGGAACCUGUCUUGUUGCUGGAUGGUUUGAUAAAUUUGUACCUCCUUCGAGCUACCUACAUCAAAGAUGUGAUUGAAAAAGUGAAGCUGGUCUUCGAGCAUUGCUGCGAUAGUGCUCAAGUUAAAAUCUUUAGCAGUCUCUCGGUGGCAUCGCUAUAUUGGUCGAAAACCAUGAACAUCGAAAGCGAGCAGAGCGCGGAGCUUUUGACUGAAUUCAUAACGCAGAUUGUGGAACCCUAUUUGACUUGGAAGGCUGGAUCGAAUGCGGAGGCCAUGAGAUCCAUGGCCAUGGCUACAGUUUGUGCUUUGGCUCAAGGUGCUGAGAUCGAAGCCGUGAAAGUUUUACCCUCGUUGGCCAAACACUUGCCCAGUUUACUCGAAGAUCGAAAUGUAACCACUCGUCAUUAUGCCAUCAAGUCGAUAGUUUAUUUCCGUGACAUGUCGGUGGAGGAAUUGAAGCCAUUAGCUUAUGCCACAAUGCAGCGUAUGGAUGAUCCUUCGGCUGGCAUUCGCAUCCUGGCCGCCUUGGCUGUGGGUAAACUGAAACCCAAGUUCAGUGACUUAGAAAUGGAAGCGGAACACGAGAAGGAGGUCUGGGAUGCCUUUGUUAAGCGAGCCAUGGAUCUGCUCUUACUCUACUGCGAAAGCCCCGAAAAGGACCUCAGAGCAGCUGUAGAAGUCACUCUCAAGGUGCUGGCCCAAUCUCAUCCAGAAUCCUGGGAGGAACGCUAUCAACGAGCUUUGGCUAUGGUCCAGAAAAAAGAUCAGCUGGACGAACUGUACAAAAAGUUAACCAUUAAGGACGAACCAGAUCCAGAAGCUCCAACUUCAACAGCUUAAAAAGUUAUACAUUCUACAUUUUAUUACACAUUUCAAAUCUCAUAUUUUUUUAAAUCACCACCUUCAAUUAAAUUUAAAAUUUUAAUUUCCUUUGGCUAUUCAAAGCUCACAUUCAGGCAAUUGCCCGAAUUGACUCAUAUCUUUCCACUUUCAAGUACCAAGAACUAUUGUAAACAAAAGCUCGAAACUAUAAAGUAAAAUCGGUGCAAGCAAAAAUCGCA